UUGAUUGCAGUUUUCUGUUUGUUUUGACAGCCUCCUCGCCACUUUGACAGCUGCGAGGAGGUUGCCGGUCCGGACGGACAAAUGGUCGCCUCGCCAGAUCAAUAUGGCGGUUUGUUGAGUGAUUGAUAAGUGAGAACGAUGGAAAGUAAGCAAUUUGUGUCUAGGAGCGAAUACUUUGCCAAAUCGUGGACUGCUGCGGCUUCCUGUGUUGCCCCGUGAAGUGUGCCGUCGUCUGCAAAUAUGGUGCUUCCCCCCCGGCACCGCCCCGAGCCGACGCCCGAGCCCUGCGGACAAGGUGCCUGAAGCGCCAGCAGAAAGCCUCGUCGCCUCGCCUCGCCUCGCCGCGGCCGCCGUGGACGGGACGGGGACGAGCAGGGAGCUCGAGCUCAGAGACGGCGGUCAUGUCGUCCGCGGGGCCGCGGGGCCCGUGGGUCCCGGCCCGGGCCGUGUUUUGGGCGUGUCUGGCCGCUCUGCUGGGGUGGAGCGGCGCCCAGGAUGCGGCAGACCUCGGUACGCUCCCUAGCCCCGGCCUGGCCCUGGUGCCCAGCGAACCCCUCAACCUGACCGUGGCCCGCUCCUCCUGCACCUCGAUGAAGCUGUCCUGGGCGCGCCCCCAGGUGGGCGUGGUGGAGGGCUACCGCAUCUACCUGCUGCACGACAACCGCACCAGCAGCCUCAGCUUCUCCCUGACCGACCCGGCGACGCAGUCACCGGUGGAGUACGAGGCGCAGGGCCUCAAGCCCAACACGGCCUACAAGGUGUGGGUCAAGGCCUACGCCUCCCAAAACCAGGAAGGGGCCCCGUCCGACGCGGUGGAGAACCGCACCGACAUAUGCAGUCCAAGUGCUCCAGAAAUCCUCAAUGCCGCCUGCCAAUCUCAAAACUCUCUUCUGCUACGCUGGCGACGACCCGUCAACUUUACCACCAUUGAUCAGUACUUUGUUUCUUAUCGAAGUGAAAAGGACUGGAAUUUUGAUGAAUUUGCUCUGGACGGGGAAACUGAUGUUCUGGAAUACAAUGUUUCUAUUCCUGACCUGCUGACCAGUACCAUGUACGAAGUGAAACUUCGAGGUGCUUCCAAAAGUGUUGUGGACCCCCAGGAAGUAUUACGGGGAGCAUUCUCAGAGCCUCGGAAAGUUUAUCUUGAAGAAAACUGUAAUACUAUGAUGCUUCACUCUAAUGCCCAUGGCCAAACUGACUUUGGAGCAGGAAUUGUUGUUGGCCUAGUCGCUGUUAUUGUUGCCCUUUGUCUUGCGACUGCAGCCUGUGUAAUCUGGAAAAAAUGUUUUCACGCGAGCUACUAUUACUUGGAUGAUCCUCCCCGUGCGCCACCUCCUACUUUAAUCGACUGGGAUGCCCAGACUGAAGAAAGUGGUAUGAAAACAUCUGUACCAGUUGACUUGUUUGCAAAACAUGUUGCUGAACUUCAUGCCGAUGGAGAUAUAGGCUUCAGUAAGGAAUAUGAUGAGAUUCAAGCCGCUCGUCCCCAAGAAGAUUACAGCACAGAUAUAUCUCAACAUGAUGACAACAAGGCUAAAAAUCGCUAUCUAAAUAUUUUAGCUUAUGAUCACAGUAGAGUUCAACUGCUUCCGAUCCCAGGCCAGAAACGCUCUUUUGAUUAUAUUAAUGCUAAUUACAUUGAUGGAUACCACAGAGCUCAAGCAUACAUUGGAACCCAAGGUCCUCUCCCUACUACGUUUGAGUGUUUUUGGCGUAUGGUCUGGGAGCAGAGAGUUGCUGUAAUUGUUAUGAUUACAAACUUGGUUGAGCGUGGACGCAGAAAAUGUGACAUGUACUGGCCAGGAGAAGGAUCUGAAACGUACGGGAUGAUUUCUGUCAAGUUAAUAAAGGAGGACAUUAUGGCAACAUAUACUGUCAGGACAAUGAUAAUUCGCCAUUUGAAAGUGAAGAAGAAGAAGCAUAGCUCUACUGAGAGAAUUGUCUUUCAAUAUCAUUAUACUAACUGGCCUGACCAUGGGACUCCAGAUCAUCCCUUACCAAUUUUAAACUUUGUCAAGAAAUCAGCAGCAGCUAAUCCCUCAGAUGCAGGCCCCAUCGUUGUGCACUGCAGUGCUGGUGUAGGUCGAACAGGCACUUACAUUGUACUGGAUGCGAUGCUUCGGCAAAUUCGCAGCAAAGGAGAAGUAAAUAUUGCUGGAUACUUGCGUCAUAUAAGAUCUCAGCGAAACUUCCUUGUGCAAACUGAGGAGCAGUAUAUAUUUAUUCAUGAUGCCUUGUUAGAAGCAAUUGACAGUGGUGAAACAAACAUAAAUCAAGCUUACCUGUCAAGGUACUUGCUUAGUCUUCAAGCAUCAGGAGACGGAGGAGAGUCUGGAAGUGAGAAGCGCGAAACGCUCUUAGAGACUCAAUUCCGUUUAGUCACAAGUUUUCAACCAAAAGACUUCAACUUAGUCUCUGCUAGCAAGCCCAUUAACCAACCUAAAAAUCGGGCCCAGGAUUUGGUUCCUGUGGAGAAUGCCAGAGUUCACUUGACCCCCAAACCAGGAGUGGACGGAAGUGAUUACAUCAAUGGAAGUUGGCUGCCCGGUUUCAACAAGCUUAAAGAGUUUAUCCUUACUCAGCAUCCUUUUGAAUCUACUAUCCAGGAUUUCUGGCAAAUGGUUUGGGAUCAUAAUGCACAAACUAUUGUAACUUUGUCAAGCUGCAAUGUUGAUGAAGGGUUUGGACCGUUCUGGCCCACUGCAGAUGCGGAACUCGAUGCCGAAAACUACAAAGUAAAAUUCAUAUCAGAAAGUGAACAUGUUGGCUACCAAACACGAGACUUCAUUGUGCAAUCAAUGCAAGAUGACUAUGAGCUCCCUGUUCGCAUUAUACAGUGCCCAGAAUGGCCUCAUAACUGUAUUCCUUUAUCGUCUAUGGCUGAGCUGCUAAGAAUAGUACAAGAAUGGCAUUUGGACUAUCAAAAUGGACCCAUAAUUGUGAUGGAUCGUGUGGGAGGCACUGAAGCCUCUAUCUUUUGCUGCCUGACAACAUUGACAAAGCAGCUGGACUAUGAGAAUCAUGCUGAUGUGUAUAUGUAUGCAAAGCUUUACCACAAUAGGCAUCCAGGCAUUUGGAAAUCUCAAGACGACUUUUUGCUUUUGUAUCGGGCUCUUGAAGCAAUGCAUGGUAAUUGCAAUCAUUCGAGUACAGCUAGUGCUGCUGGAUCUGGGACAGGAGUUCCUGCUGGUUCAGUUGGCUCUGGAGUAGCAUCAGCCACCGGCUCAGGUGCUGCAUCUCCAACAACUCCAGCAACUGAAACGCACAUCACAGUUACAGAUAACCAUCUAAUCACAGCCAAUUGUCAAGCAAAUGGUUACAUCAUUGGCAAUGGCAAUGGUACUGCUUCUCUCAUUGCACAGGAAGAACCUGAGCCUGAGUCAGAUGUUGUGAUUAAUGUGCCAGAAGGAAGCCCUGCAUGAAUGUGUAGAGACCAAUCUGCAAAUGCCAAAGAUAGUUACAUAUUGUCAGAAUUUAUAGAUGAUAGCAUUCCAAAUUAAUGUGCAUGACUACAAUUAAGUGUCUAUAUCUAUCUAUCUAAAAGCGUGUAUGCAAAAUAUUGAGUAUGUAUGUAUUUGUAUACUCACACUAGGUGAUUUCCUUAUUUUAUAUCUGUGAUUUCAUUUUAACACAUUCUUAUGUUAUUCUCUAACCAGGGUGAUUGAGGUUGUCUUGGUACUCACUGUAUGGCAAAAUAUUGACAAUGAUUAUUUUGCUAGGCCGAGCAUUGCUGCUUAAAAUUUAGCAUACUUUCAGUCUCAAAUGCUGGAUGUGACAUUCCUACAACAGCAUGUUUUAUUCUGCUUAUGUUCUGCAUUUUAUUCUCACAAACAGACUAAUCUAUGUACCUGCAAGGUGUUUUUAUACAACGCUGGCAUUUUCUAUUUUUACUCUGUAUUUUGAUUCUACCGGUGCACUUGAAUGUUGAAUACUCAUUGUGGCUUUAAUUUUAUGUGACUUUUGUGUUUUGUAUGACAAUGAUUACGGUAUACCCAAGAUACCCUGUUAAAAUUGUUUCUAGUCAAACUGAAUGACAGUGACUGAACAAAACACACCUCUAGCUUACUUUAGUGCAGUUGUGUGCAAAUAAUGUUAUGUUUCUCUUUAAAAUAUUUCAAAGUGCCAAUUAUUCAUACCUGUGAGGAUUGUGAUUGCACAUAGCAUUGGAGGAGAUUUUAUACAAUAUUGGCAUAAUAUUUCUUUUGUCUUUCUGUUCUAUUUAUCGCCCCAGGAAAGCAUCAACUUCUUGAAUUUCACCCAGGUCGCUUUCAAUGGGAUUUUGCUUCAGCUUCCUUCUUCCAACCAGAUGCAACUACAAGUCUGUUAUUUACUCAUCAUGUUUUCUGCCUGAACUUACUCAUUUUAUAUUGAUAUCUCUUGAUAUUAAUUGUUGUAAAUUUAGUCUUUAUGCUUUGUGACAUUUUGAAAGGUAAAAAUGAUGGACUAUGGUGGAUUAAUGGGCAAAUAAUGGCACAGAUGUUAUCGCUAUUUCUAUUCAUUAAACAUUCUGUUGGACUGACAAAUUGGAAUGACACAUUUUUAGUGACGUUUUUAUGACUGGAUUGAUGUUUUAUCAAAAAUUAUCUUCCUCAAAUUGUGGUUUCUGAGUAUAGCUUAAACCUACUGUGUAUGUCUCAAGUAUGCUCAAGUACCAAAAGUACACAAUGUUAAAGCGGCUCUCUAAAAUUUGUAUCUAGUUCAUUACCUUUAUUACAAGCUAAGAAUACUCUGAGUCUAUGGCAAUAUCUUUUUUAGAAUGGCAAUAUUUAAAGCUAGCACAUUCCAAGGUGUAUUUGCGGGUAGAAUUACUUCACCUUCUUGUCUUUGUGCUUCUUGAAAUGUUCAAGGUAUCAUCAAACUUGGUCUUUUAAGACAAACCACUGUUUGAUUAGACAUAUUCCAGAUUUGUUUAUCAGUACAUUCCAUUUUUAUCCUCAUUGAACUAAAAUUGUUUCACUACCAUCAGAUUUAAUAUUUCCCUUCCCCAACCUUGAAACAUUCUUAAAAAUUGUACUACUAAUGAGCCAUCGAAAUGUUAGCCAUAUUGCCACAUCUUCAAACCUUUGUCAACUUCAACUGACUGGACAAGUUGCUUGAUAUGUUGUGUUGUGAUGUGUGCUUCUGUUGAGGUACAUUCGUAGAGAGAUAGUUUGUUGUUUUGGCUUGCCAAUUCAUAGAUUUGACUGAAAUUUGUCAUAGGGUGGGGCCACAUUGUCUGAAUCUGUUCUCGAAGGCUAAUUGUUUGUAGAUUAGUUAAUUGAGAAAAAAAUAGUUCGAGAGUGUUGUGCCUUCCAGUUAGUAACAACUAAAGUUCAACGUGCAUGAAAUUGAAUAAUAAUUAUAAUAAUGUUAUUUAUCAGUGUAUGUCAGUCCUAGUUUUUGGACAGAGAAAGACUUUUCUCUUUGAAGCAGUGCUGCUUUGAUAUUUCAUGUUGUUUUAGUGUAACUGAUUAUCUAUUUAUUAGGUGUGCCCCUUUUGGAAGUAAGGCUAAAAUGUCUACAUGUUAUGUGCUCCAAAUCACUAGAUGUAGGUUAGGGAAGUGUUUCUAUAUACAUAUCUCAUAUUGAAUGUAUUUAGGAACAACUUGCCACUUCAUCCGUUUAACAUUUAUGGAUAAGUAAAAUUAAGCCCACUAUCUACAAGAAAAAUUUAUGAAUUUUCAAUUAUAUGUUUUUCUUUUGGCCUUCUGCCUUAAACUAAUUAUAUAGAGAAUCUCAGAAACACUGAAAGCACUGUUUCGAUGGUAGAAGUUUUGUACAAAAUAGUGAUGGUAGAAAGAAGUCUUAUGGAAGAUCCCUUACAUUAAGUAAAUUUAUUUGGCCAUUUCUCUUUGUGCUAAUUUUCAACGCUUAGUUGGGGUGCCAUUUUUGUUUAAAAUUGAAGUAAAUGGAAAAUGGUUUUGGUGUUUGCAUUAUUUCACUUGACCAAGUACCUUUGCUUUUAUUUGUGACUGCCAAUAUUUGUUACCAAUGUACUCUGGGUAUUUUCAAAAACCUUUUGAAAAAGAAAAGACUUGUUAAAUAUUAGAAACUAAAACUUUUUUGUAACUGACUGCAGGACUAAAAUGGCAAUUGCAUUUUUCUUUAGUGACUCUCACCCCCUGCCAGUGUUUGGUAUGGAGUGAUAAGGCCUUUGAAACAUGCUGAAUAACAUGUACUUAUUUUCUGCAACGAGUCAAAAAGUUUUAUCUGCUGUUUAGCUUCAGUCUGUGGUCCUCACUUUGAUAAGUCCUGUAACUAGGAAAGGUUAAAAACACCUUGUCCAAAGUUAAUUCUCUAACUCAUUUUGCUAAGCAAACCAUACUCUUAUUGUAAUUGUCCAUUUUGUGUGUGGCUCAAUUGCUCAAGGAAUUAUGUAGCUUUCUAUCUGCAAGUUUUUCUAACGAUGUCACACGUGCUGUGCUGUUAAAAGACAUGUUUUCUUUUCUUUUUAAAUAAUAAUUAUGCUCUUUUUAGCCAUUUUGUGUACAGUUCUGUUCAUUUUGGUCUGCCCAUGCCAGUUUCUGCUUCAGUGUUGCUGUUUAUCAUAAUUAUUUCCAGGUUUGAAUUAACUGUGGUUAUUCAAAGUAAGCUCUCUGUUCUAUUUACUAUGAAAUUCGUUUAUGUUUUUUUCAAAUAUUCUUGAGGUUAGUUUUGUUCUUGUGUAAGGUUGUCUGAAAAUUUAAAGUGAAACAUUUCAACCUUUCAAGUCUGAUUAUGCUAAGAUGAAUUUGAGCAGCUUUCGACUGUUAUGCCAAAUCGUGUGUGUUUUUUUACAUUGAAACUUCUGAGUUGACUUCAUCCAAGGUUGAUUUGAAAUUUGUCCUCUGUAAAUACCUUUUCUUUCUUUAUUAAUUUUUGUGCUAGAUUGUGAAGUAUUAUUGUUAGAAAGAUGUUAUUUAAUAUUUAUUUAGCCUGAUUAUUUUGGUGAUGCUGUUACCUAUUUUUGUUCCUUUAUGUUUCAAAGUCUUUCCAAUUUUCCAUGUAAAAUUGAAACUGAACAUAAAUACAGUGCACAUUUUGGCUUGCCCAAAGAAGCUGGACUCAUCUGCAAAUGUAGUGUAGUCUUCAUCCUUUACAAUUUUCCAACUUGUACACAUUUGGAAAUCUUUGUACAAGUUAUACCAACUUUCACAACCUUUUUUUAAAUUUCUCAAUCUAAGUGUUGUUGGACCCCUGGUGGGUGCACCUUACAUUGUGAAAAAUCACAGAUGAUGUGCCAUUGUGGCCCUGUUCAUUCCUAAGGAAUGUGAAGUCCAGUGUUCAAGAGAAUAAGCAACAAUAAAAUUGUUGGUUGUGAAAGUGGAGACACACCAGAAAGAGGCCAUUUGUCAAUUAAAUAUAUGAUUCUUACUAAAAUUGUAGGUAAGCUUUUUUUUAACAAUCGUGUAUAGUGUACAUUGUAAUUUGGGUCUUCUGGCCUCUAUCUGUCCACUAUGUUUCAAGAUGCACUGUUAAUUUGCAUUCUAUAAUUCUAUGCAUACAUAUGUUUACUGAGCACUUAAAUUUACAGAAUAUGGUGUGAAAAUGCCUAUGCACUCUUUCAAUGUCAAUACUUAGAGAAAACUACAUGUAUGUGUGUAGCAUCGUCAGCUCCUUAGAUUGAACUGUUACUCCAGAUUGCUUCGCACGUGUAACAAAUUUGUUCUGAUGGAUGAACGAACGGUUGUUCUUCUUUGUGAUGUUUUCGUUUUUUUAAUCACAAGAAUAUCAAUAAAUAUUGAAGCAAGCAA